UAUAUAUAUAUACACAGUAGAAGAGGAGCAGAGAUCUAUCAUCAGAGGAAGCAUUUCGAAGAACCCAAGCUUUCUGAGAAUGGCAAGCAGUGACGAAACCAACUAUGGAUCAUACACAUACGAAACCCUCGAAAGGGAACCCUACUGGCCAUCUGAAAAGCUUCGGAUUUCCAUUACGGGAGCAGGUGGAUUUAUCGCUUCCCAUAUUGCCAGGCGUUUGAAGAGUGAGGGCCAUUACAUCAUCGCUUCGGAUUGGAAGAAAAACGAGCACAUGACGGAGGAUAUGUUCUGUAAUGAAUUCCAUCUCGUUGAUCUGAGGGUUAUGGACAACUGUCUGAAAGUAACCGACGGUGUGGAUCACGUCUUCAAUCUUGCUGCCGAUAUGGGAGGCAUGGGCUUCAUUCAAUCCAACCACUCCGUCAUUAUGUACAACAAUACAAUGAUCAGCUUUAACAUGAUUGAAGCUGCAAGAAUCAACGGUGUUAAGAGGUUUUUUUAUGCAUCGAGUGCUUGUAUCUAUCCGGAAUUUAAACAGUUGGAGACUAAUGUGAGCUUGAAGGAAUCUGAUGCAUGGCCUGCUGAGCCUCAAGAUGCUUAUGGGUUAGAGAAGCUGGCAACCGAAGAAUUAUGUAAGCACUACAAUAAGGACUUCGGGAUUGAAUGCCGGAUUGGAAGGUUUCAUAACAUUUAUGGUCCCUUUGGGACAUGGAAAGGUGGCAGGGAGAAAGCACCAGCUGCCUUCUGUAGGAAAUCACUUACUUCAACCGAUAAGUUUGAAAUGUGGGGUGACGGUUUGCAAACUCGAUCUUUCACCUUUAUUGAUGAAUGUGUUGAAGGUGUUCUCAGAUUGACUAAGUCCGACUUCCGAGAGCCGGUGAAUAUUGGGAGUGAUGAGAUGGUGAGCAUGAAUGAAAUGGCAGAGAUUGUACUUGGCUUCGAGAACAAGAAACUGCCCAUUUAUCACAUUCCAGGGCCUGAAGGUGUUCGUGGCCGAAAUUCAGACAAUACUUUGAUUAAGGAAAAGCUUGGGUGGGCCCCUUCUAUGAAACUUAAGGACGGGCUGAGAAUAACGUAUUUCUGGAUAAAGGAGCAACUUGAAAAGGAGAAAGCUCAUGGAACGGACUUGUCUGCUUACGGCUCUUCGAAAGUUGUCGGAACACAGGCUCCCGUUCAACUCGGUUCUCUCCGAGCUGCUGAUGGCAAGGAAUGAACAUAACAACAGCUUAUAUAUGUAUGUAUGUAUGUAUACUGCUAGAGUCGAUCAUCUGCUAUUCGAGCUUUUCGAAUGUGUUUGUAUGUUCGAAUUUGAUUAUGAAAUCAUGAAUUCUAUUCCCA